AUGGAUGCCUCAAGCUCUCCCUUGUUCAUCGCCCAGGAGACAUACUGCUACUAUCCUAUCAGUACCAUCUACAACUCAUGUCCUCGAUACCUAUUCUAUGCGCUCCUGCUUGCGAGUUGCCUUACAAGAUGGACGGGAUGGAUCAUGGACGUCUUCCUAGGAGCUGCCGCGACAUAUGCAGGAACAGCGGCAAUCCAAGCCUUUAUCAUGGUUUCCAGUCGCCAGAAGCCUCAAGAUCCCGGACCCGUCACUAUCCCGUUUCUGUCGGCCAACUCCAGCUUGCACGGCGCAUUUCCUUCCUUGGUCACCGAGACGGACCAACUGAUAAUCUCACCUGCUUCACUUGAGCUUGAUGCAGAUGCUGUUCUCGCUAUCGUCGUCACCGGCUAUCUGGUCUUUCUGCCCCUACAAUCUGCGUCUCGCAUUUUGACCCACGAUUCAGCGCGCAACCUUCUGUUUUAUCUCUGGCAUGCUCUAAUGCUGGCGGGCACCAUUUCUGCUCUGAUCUAUGCUGCACGAAGACCUAAUAUACCGUCUCAGUACAUGUUUUGCUUUCCUGAACUCCCGCCUUUCGCAGACACUACCAAUGACGGCUGGCAAUCUUCUUGGAGGACAUCUAAUUGGAACGAUAGUGUUUGGGAGAUAUUCUCGAAUAUCACACGAUGGAAUCAACUGGGAGACAUAUGCUUCAAUCCGUGUUUCAAUUCAAGUCAAAUCUUGCGACAACCAACUUCCUUGCAUUCUGUCAGUGAAGAAGGGGACUUUGACGUUACUAGCAUCCAUGGCUUCCUUGAUAAAAUUCUCUACUCAAAGCGAUACAUCUACAGUCUCAUCAUCAUUUGCUUGAUUCUCAAUGUCCUUCUCUUGACUUACCGAUUCCUCCCUUACAGAUCUCGGAUCCCAUCGGCGCAGAUCGUGGUCCUCUGGAGAGAGCGGAAGAACGUCUGGAAAAGCUUUAAAGAUGAAUUCGCUGCUGCAGUGAAUCCGUCCCAUAUAUACAAUGACGACGAGGAAGCCAGACAGGGAAACGGAAAGCCCUCCAUCUGGCGUAGGGUGGGGUCUAUGUUCUGCCGACAGUCUCUCAGGGCCUUUUUGCAUUUGUUUGUAGAUGCAGCGAUUCUGUUUGGAAUUCUGUUUAGCCUGAUAGUCAGCCCCUUUACUAUCAUUGCGUUUGUGGUCUGGAUCGAGAUCCAAAUUUGGAACGACGGGCCAGAGCAGGAGAGUCCACGCCAAGUUGGUCAAUGGGCGUACCCUGCGUCUCUAGGACUGCUUGUGCUUUCCUCCGCAAUUCUGAAAUUGAAGUAUCGGCUUGCUUCAACUGCUGAGCUGGAAAAGGAGAUCUCGACUCUGAAGAAGCAUCUAGAGGAUCUGGAGAAGAGAAGGAAGGUUCGGUCGGGAUCUAACUCGAUCGAGUUGGGUUCAUUGAGAGAGCAGAAUAAGGAUCAUUAG